UUUAGUACUGCUUUAGUAGCAUUGUGUCGAGUCGAUAUAUUACUGCAUCCACGUCAUUCUGUUCCGUGUGCGGGUGUAAGUUCAAGUGAGUAGUGUUUUCCUGGCGCUCGUCCCUUUACAAGAAUCAAUCACGGCGGGCAAGAAAAAGAGGCGCGGCGGUUCCCCGCGUGACGAGGACGACUACCACCACCACCGUGAUCAUCGAGGCAGCGACCGAGACCGAGACUCAUCUUAUCGUCGUUCCUCAUCCUCAAAAUCGUCUUCAGACCGACGCGAUCGUGACUCUAGGUCUCAAGAAGACGAUUACUCACAGGUUCAACAGCAACAACAAAUACAGCAACAGCAGCAGCAACUGCAGCAACAACUACAGCAACAACAGAAUUUACAAAACAUGGCGAACAUGAGUGAUUACUCGGCUGUAGCCCCGCCGUCCAACCUCUCUCAGAGCUCAGCUUUUGCCGCUGCGCUGCAACGUGCUAAACAGAUUGCAGCUAAGAUUAAUCCUCAGGGUACACAAAAUAAUCAAGAGCCAAAGAAGCGUUCAUUGGAAGAUGGCACAGAACCUGAAGCAAAGAAGCAUAUACCUGAUCCAUUAGCAAAUCUGCGUGGAUCCAUUGGAUUAAAUCUUGGUCUUGAUGAUCCGUCGAGGCCUGGUUCUACAGUCUCUAAUGCGUCUAGUGUCGGAGGUAUUUGCAAUGAAGAUAUUAGAGUUCCUGACAAAAUGGUUGGAUUGAUAAUUGGCAGAGGAGGAGAACAGAUUUCCAGAUUGCAAAGUGAAACAGGAUGUAAAAUACAGAUGGCUUCAGAAAGUGGGGGUGGGGUUGAGCGUAUUUGCACGCUAACUGGCCCACGAGAUGCUGUCAACCGAGCCAAAGAACUUGUGUUGUCAAUUGUCAAUCAGAAAAAGGAUGAACCAAUCCCAGGAGCUAAUCCUCCUUACCCGGGUCCAGCAGGACCAGCUGCUUCAGCUAUUUUGUCAGGACACCCAGGCUAUCAGGAAAUUAUGAUUCCAGGUCCCAAGGUUGGUCUUAUUAUUGGAAAAGGAGGUGAAACCAUCAAGCAACUCCAGGAAAAGUCUGGAGCUAAAAUGGUGGUUAUUCAAGAUGGUCCAGCACAAGAAUCAGAAAAACCAUUAAGAAUCACUGGCGAUCCUUCAAAAGUAGAGCACGCAAAACAGUUAGUUUAUGAACUGAUAGCUGAAAAAGAAAUGCAAGCCUACAGUAGAGGUGGAAGAGAUUUCGGACGAGGUGGAAAUUCUGAUGAGGUUACUGUACCGAAGAACGUUGUUGGCUUGGUGAUCGGAAAAGGCGGCGAAAUGAUCAAAAAGUUACAACAAGAAACGGGCGCAAAAAUUGUAUUUUUAAAUCUUAAUGAAGAUGGACCAGAGGAUCGCAGAUGUUCUAUAUCUGGUAGUGAAGAAGCAGUACAAAAUGCACGUCAAAGGAUCAAAGAACUCGUUGAGAAUGCUAUAAAUCGUGGCAAUGGCUUCAAUUCAGGGCGGUCUAAUGAAUACGGUGGUUGGGAUGGUAGGCGAAAUGAUAUGACUGGUAAAAUUGAAUUCAGUUAUCCUGUUCCUAAAAACAAAUGUGGCAUAAUCAUUGGAAAAGGUGGUGAAACAAUUAAACAAAUCAACGCAACAACAGGUGCUCAUUGCGAAUUGGACAGGCGGAACCCAGGCACGGACUCUGAAUUCUUUACUAUCAAGGGUACGCCCGAACAAGUUGAGCAUGCCAAGAGAAUAUUUGGCGAAAAACUCGGUGGUGGAAUGACUUCGACGAAUAGCAUGUACGGCGCACAAAACACUAUGGGUUAUAAUCAGUGGAAUGCAACGGGUUACCAAUCUUGGCCAGGCCAACAACCGGCAGCUGAUCCAAAUGCAGCAGCUCAAGGUCAAGUGCAAAUCAAUCCGGCGACUGGCCAACCUGAUUACAGUGCACAAUGGGCUGAGUACUACAGAUCGAUGGGUAUGCAUCGAGAGGCCGAAAUGAUCGAACAACAGGCUAAACAACAACAGGCUGCUUCCACGGCGGCAGCUAAGCCUGACAUGAGUCAGCAAACUCCACAAGGUGCCAAUCCACCAGCUCCUCAACCAGCGCAAGCGCAACAACAACCACAACAGCAGCAGCAACAGCAGCAACAAGCCCAGCAAAACGGUGGUCAACAAGACUACAGUGCACAAUGGGCAGAAUAUUACAGAAGCAUAGGAAAAAUCAAAGAAGCUGAAGCUAUUGAAGCUCAAAUGAAGAAUAAACAAACCAGUAGCAACAUGUCAAACAAUCAGAUGCCACAACAACAAGCAAUACCGGCUAAUCCAAUGCAGCCAAACCAAGGUGGGGCACCAGGUGGGCCUGGUGGAGCACCCAAUGCCUUCCCCGCGUAUGGUGGCUACCCAGGAAUGAACCCACCGGCUGGCGGUUAUUAUACGCCUCAGGCUCAGGGUCAGGCAGCACCUGGUCAAAACCCAGCGUAUCCAGGCGCAGGCGGUUACCAGAACUAUCAGUACCCUCAGGCUAGCCCCAGCAACUGAACGUCUACUUAAACAAUCCAAUUACAGCUAGCUUACCUGAUGGAUGAUUUUAUUACCCGCAGUAAUCUAUAAAUAUUUACAUAUGAAUUCACAUCUCAUACAUAUAUUCCUUAUAUGUAUAUACCUAUACAUGCAAAACAAAAAUCUAAUGUUUCCAUUCGGCUAUUGCUUAGAGAAAGUAUCACUUCGAACAUGAGGGAAUCAACAAUCGUAUCGAUCUGCGCUUUAAACAAUGAUAUUUUGAAUAUCAUUGUGUAUUUCCUCUCUUUUUUUAUACAUUGUAGAAAUACAUAUUGUUCUAGCAAAUAAGUAAUAUAAGAGGACGCUUAUUUCUGAUUGUAGGUUUAUAAUUUCAUAUAGUAAUAUUACGCGUUUUUAUUCUUUCAACAAAUUUGUAUAUGCAUUUUUAUCUAUAUUCAAAUCAUGAUUAAAUACAAUCUAAAAAUCAGAUAAUACAGAAUAUAUACCAGGCAGCAACAAAAAAUCAACCUUUGCCAAUGGAGAUGGGAAUUUCAUCGUAUAUUCAAAGUGUACAUUGAAAAUAAUUGUAUUCCUUUCCCCCGGAUAGACAUGAUCAAUUUCAAAAUAAAGGAAAAAAUAUACUAUCUAACCAAUUUAAAACCCUUAGAUAUAAGUCUUAUACCUUGUCUUCUAAAACAGCAAUACUGAUUCAAAAUAUGUAUCAACUGUUGCGUAACGGAAAACUCGAUUCGACAGGUUUCUUUUCAUGAUAAAUACAUUACGAUCUAAAGUAAUUUGUUUUCUUUAGUUUCAAGAAUUUAAUCUACUGGCAAUGAAGUUUGUUAAUCUAUUGGAAGAGAAUCUCGCAAGCUUAAUCUUUGAUAUUGUCAUUUACAAUUAUAACAAGAGAAAUUUCAAAUUAUUCCUCUUUACUCGAAAUGGAUGUUUGAAAUUAUAAUAUUAUAUUCUGGUUUUUAAUGAAUCGAUUUUUAAUAUCAACGAUUCGUCAUUUAGUUCUUUUGAAAACAUUCGGAGCAGAAGAAAAAUUGCGAAUGUAUAGCGAUUUAAUACAAUGAUUUUAUUUCUACUUAUAAAAUAAAACUUGAAAAUGCAAUAUGCCGUAUUCGAAUUUUUUACUGUUUCACCUGUGUUAGAGAUAAUUCUACGUCUGUGAAGUUAACAAUCCAUAUAAAACGUUAUGCAACGUGAACGAUUGGCAGUACAAUUUUGAUUAUCAAGUAGUUAUCACUUAUUGGUUUACAACGGUUACAAUAUUUAUAUAUUUGCAAUGAAAAAUGAAAAAAAAUUAUAAUAUUAUACAUUAGCAUAUUAUUGAGGAAAAAGAGAAUUUAUUGAAAUGUCA